GGACAAUUCACAAUCACACUCAUCUGAAAAGUGAUUUUAAAGACUAACUUGACAAAUUACUACCCCCAUUUCAACUCUUAUAUAAGAAAGAGCCAAAUGAGUGUGAUUGUGCAUGUUUUCCUUAUCUUCUGCACAUUUUAAUUAUCCCUUCGAAAUCAGUUUUCAGAUUCCAAAACAAAAAUAAGGUUUUGCAAUAGAAAUGGCAUCUGCAGUAUCAAGUCUUCUGAUGCCUUCUGACGAUGUCAAUACUGCUAUCACUGAGUUCGCUCGACGAUUUAAUCACAGUUAUUACCAACCCCUUCAAUUGGCAAUACUAAAAGGCGACUGGAAAUCAACAAAGGCUUUUCUUGAUAACGAUCCAACCGCAUUGACAGCUAAGGUUACAAUACAUGGCAGGACUGCACUUCAUGUUGCAGCUGUUGGAGCUCAGUGGAAACUUGUCGAGAAGUUGGUGCAACAUCAACAUAUGCCUGCAAAUAUGCUUGCAGAAUUGGAUUUGAUGGGUUGUACUUGCCUUCACUAUGUUGCAAUGGGCGAAAGUGUAAAUACUGCAAAGGCAUUGGUGGCUAAAAAUCCUUCUCUUACGCAAGUUACUGAUUUUAACGGAUUUACACCACUGAUCUACAGUAUUACAUCUACAAGAUGUAAAGAAAUGAUUUGGUAUUUUGUUUUGAGUACUACAGAUGAAAGUCCUAGUUGUCCAUUCUCUGGUCCGUCUGCUAGUCAACUUGUUGCUUUGCUUACAGGAGCCGGGUUUCAUGAUAUCACCAUGUAUCUUCUGCAUCGCUACCCUAACUUGGCCACUAUUUCUGAUUCAAAUGGUAGCAGCAUUAUACUUAAUGUUCUGUCAAAAUUGCCAUCUCACUUUCAAAGUGGACAAAAUAUUACCUCCUUAUUGAUAGGAAAGCUUUACAAAAGUUUCCCCCCGAAAGAUGAAUAUGGAAAUAAAAUAUGGAAUGCAAUUCAAACUCUUCGUAUGUUAUCUUUGUAA